CGUGCGGCGAAACUAGCAUUUGCGGUUCGUUGCUGAUUGGCGCUGGUGUUCGAGCAACGUUUCUCCGCAUGCUACUCGUUGUGGUACGGUUAUUCGUUUAACGAAUAUUAACUGAUGUGACGGUUUUCUUUCCCUAGUCGAUGAGGUUGUAUCGUAUUGGCAGGUGUUCCAUUGUCAUAACGGAUGAAAUGAAUAUUUAUCUGUGGGAAGAUCAUUUUAGUUCGCUCAAGAAAUUGCAAGUAUUUUUCCUAUGGUUUAUUGCAAAUUAUUAAGUUUGAUCGCCGAAUUAAUUUUAUACAAGCUACGAAUGAAUGCGAACAACGCUGAAUUUAUGGUUACCAAAAGUGUAUCCCUUGGUGAAUAAAAUUUUAAAUCAAAUCAGAAGAGAAAAAUGUACAAUAGAAGGUAACAAUUGAAGGAGAUUAAGCUAUGGCCAACAGGAAAGACAAAACAUCUGUAGGUUUCCUGGACACAUGGUUCGGCCGGCCAAAAAAGUCCGGGCGUGGAGGUGGGGUCAGAAGUGGUUCGGGAAACAACACUAUACCACGACCCCAUUCCGGUGACGAUUUCAAUGAAAUUGAACAACAACGUUGUAUCAUCGAAAGAAUGGACAAAGAGACGGUGAACGACAAAUUCGAGGAGAUGUUGGCCAACAUGAAUCUGACCGAGGAGAAGAAAGAGCCCUUGAGACAGCAAUCGGAAACGAAGAAGAGGGAGAUGCUGGUUUUGCAUUACAAAGGUAGCAUACAGGAGAAUAGAUCAAAAUUCGAUAAACCAGCGGAUUACAUACAGUAUUUGGCGCAACCCGAUUUAAGCGUCAACAAAAUCUACAACUGCAUCGAGUCGUUAAGAAUAGCGUUGACGAACAAUCCUUUGAGUUGGGUUCAAGAAUUCGGUACCAAAGGAUUGAAACAGGUUUUAGCAACGCUCAACGAAUGCUAUCGGAAUGCCUUCAUAUAUUACGAUAGUGACAACCGGUACGAGCGAAUACAGUACGAAUGCAUCCGAUGUUUAAAGGCUAUUAUGAAUAACACCGUCGGCAUAAAGGAGAUGUUGGCUCAUCACGAAGCACUGACGAUCGUAGCUAGAUCGUUGGAGCCGACCAAACCAUCGGUCAUGUCCGAAGCUGUGAAAUUGCUUGGCGCGGUUUGUCUCAUUUCGAGCGACAGCCACAAGAAAGUCUUGGACGCGAUCACCAUGAACGGUGAAUUCAAAGGAAGGGAAAGAUUUUUACCGAUCGUACAGGGCCUGAUGAACAAGAAGAACGAGAACUUACGAGUGGAGUGCCUUCAACUUAUCAAUUCCAUCAUUUCUUCGGCCGAAGAACUAGACUUUAGAUUGCAUUUGCGAAAUGAGAUCAUGCGAGUCGGCUUGGCUGAUAUUUUAGAGACAUUGGAAAAGAACGAAUCCGAAGAUCUGGCCAGACAUCUAAAAAUUUUCAAUGAUCACAAGGAGGAAGAUUACGAGGAAUUUGUUCAAAGAUUCGAUCAUGUUCGAUUGGAAUUGGACGAUGUAAACGACUGUUUCGAAGUGAUUAAAAAUAUGGUGAUGGAAACGUCCGCGGAACCAUAUUUUUUGUCGAUACUUCAACAUCUUUUAUUCGUCAGAGACGAUGCUCUGGUGAGGCCGGCCUACUAUAAAUUGAUAGAAGAAUGCGUAUCGCAAAUAGUGUUGCACCGUUCAGGCUGUGAUCCGGAUUUUAGCGCAACCAAGCGCUUUCAAAUCGACGUCCAACCGUUGAUCGAUACGUUGGUGGAGAAAUCGCGGGCAGAGGAAGAAAGACGAUUGGUCGAGGUAUCGCAAAAGUUGGAGGAGGCCAUAGCUAGUAAGCAGGAAGCGGAGGCGAAACUCCAACACGCGGAGAACAAGAUCAGGGAGCUGGAACAAGGAGGAGCGAGAUCGACCGGUGUUAACGCUAAUGCGAAGUGUUCGUCCACACCAGGAAUAGCCAAUCCACCGCCACCCCCACCGCUUCCGCUCGCAAAUGCGGGCGGACCCGGAGUGGGAAUGCCACCGCCACCGCCACCGCCGCCACUGCCAGGUUUCGGCGGACCGCGUCCACCUCCGCCACCUCUUCCCGGAUUUGCGGGACCUCCACCACCGCCUAUGCCCGGUAUGUCAUCGGGAUCUGGACCGGCACCUCCACCGAUGCCAGGAUUCGGUCCGGCGCCACCACCGAUGAUGCCUGGGUUCGUUCCAGGCUUGAACGCUGCCCCGCAAUCGCUACCUUUAGGGCUGAAGCCGAAGAAAAAGUGGGAAGUUGACGCACCGUUGAAGAGAGCAAACUGGAAAGCGAUCAUGCCGCAUAAACUUACCGAAAAAUCGUUCUGGACAAAAGUGCAAGAGGAUAAGUUGGCCAGGCCCGAAAUAUUAGACGGCUUAGUUCAAAAGUUCGCAUCGAAACCGAGUGGGAAGAAAAUCGACGAUGUCGUGGACAAAUCAGCUCCGUCUAAGAAAGUGAAAGACCUAAAAGUCCUGGAUGGCAAAGCUGCACAAAAUAUUCUUAUACUACUUAAUGGUACUUUAAAACACACGUCGUACGAGGAGGUGAAGUCGUGUUUACUCAAAUGCGAAGGACCCGUUAUCUCGGACAAUAUACUUCAAGGACUGAUACAGUAUUUACCACCACCGGACCAACUGUCGAAACUACAACUCUACAAAGAUCAGUACGACGAUUUGACGGAGGCCGAACAAUUUUGCAUUACCAUAUCAACGAUCAAGAGAUUAUUGCCGAGACUGAGAUCGUUAAGUUUCAUGCUACGAUACGAAGAACUGGUGCAAGAUGUAAAGCCGGACAUAGUGGCGGGGACGGCAGCCUGCGAAGAAGUAAAAGGUAGCAAAAAAUUUGCCAAAAUUCUCGAACUUAUUCUCCUGCUUGGCAAUUACAUGAAUUCCGGCUCGAAAAACGGCCAAGCCUUCGGAUUCGAGAUCAGUUUUCUUACCAAGUUAACAAGCACCAAGGACGUCGACAACAAACAAACUCUGAUGCACUAUUUGGUGGACACGAUAGAGCGACAAUUCCCCGAGUGUCUGAGCUUCCCAGAAGAGCUGGCACACGUGGACAGAGCUAGUCGUGUUUCCUUAGAAAAUGUACAGAGAACAUUGCGACAGAUGGAUUCCAAUAUUCGAAAUCUUGAACAAGAUUUAUCGAAUGCCAAAAUCCCACAGUCGAACGACGAUUUGUUCCUGCAUGUUAUGGGUCCUUUUGCGAAGAAAGCCCGUGAAUCUUACGAAGUCCUUCAAAAUAUGUUUAAACAUAUGGACAGUUUGUACACCGAAAUUUCGGAAUUUUUUUCUUUCGACAAGCAAAAGUACACGAUCGAAGAAUUUUUUGGGGAUAUAAAAACGUUCAAAGACGAUUUUAUGCAUGCUCAGAAGGAAAUAAUAAAACUACGAGAGGGAGAAGAGAAACAAAGACGAGCGAGGGAGGCACGAGAAAAAGCAGAAGCGGAGAAAGCGGCACGGGCUGCACGGAAACGAGCACUGGUUGACAUGAACGCCCACGAAACGCAGGAAGGUGUGAUGGACAGCUUAAUGGAGGCUCUUCAAACUGGUUCCGCGUUCAGUCGGCCGGACCAACGACGAAAACGUCAAAUACGCGCCGCUGGUGCAGAGAGAAGAGCUCAACUUAAUAGAAGUCGAUCGCGUACAGGAUUAGUCGGGACUGGUUUACUGGGAAGGGAACUUUCGACAGAACUGUUAAGCUCGGCAUAAUCCAUGGAAUAUCCUGUUUCCGUCCUAAACUCAAAACUGUGAUGGAUCGAAUGUUUGUUUUAUCGGUAAACGAUGAAGCGGGGAAAGAAAGAGAGAAAGAAAGACAAACUCGGGAAGCCUCGCGACUCUUCGGUAUCGGUUUACAGAGGAAGAACGAGCUUCGAUUUUUACGAGUUACGAUUAAUUUAGUAAAGUCUUCCUAUUGCUCUAUUUGAUAUGUCUCAAGAGAUUGUUUCGUAGGUAUAAUAAUAUAUACAAUAUGACGUUGAAUGCUACUCCGAUGCGACGAUAAACGUAAUAUAUAUGAAAAGUAGUUUCACCGAAUUUUCUACCAGAUUUUCGACCUAUCGAUCGAUCUAUUUUUAAAUUGGUUACUAGCUAUAAAGUUCGCGUUUUACAAUUGCAAAGUAACAUACGAUGUAAAUAUGCAUAUACGUACAUUCGCGUACAGCAAGUGUUUUUCUUAACUUUUAUCCAAAGACGGCUGAUCCCUCGAGCACGGUGACGGAUCAGCCUCGUUCAAUCGCGUGAAUACGGGCGUAGCGGUAAUGACUCGUUGACUCGACGCGAAACCUUUGAAAACCGUGCCAAAUCGAUGGAAACGUCGAGGGAAAAGAGAAUCGUGCGACGAUGUUGCGCACUUUUGCGCAAAAGGUACGAGCGUGAAACGAUCUGUAAAAAUUUCAACAUAUUUUAGGCCAUGGAUGCGAAUGGUACGUUAACGUAACCGAAGACCAAUUUAUUUUUCGAAUCUCGAAUUCGACGAUUGUUUAUACUGUAUGUACUGACGUCGGAUCCAACAGAAAUUUGUACCUAUAUUGUGAAUAUGUGAAUUUAGAUAGUAUCAAUACAUUGCGAUCAAUACAAUCGAA